CGGCCCCAGUAGAUAAAACAAGGCACCUGCCGACCUCAAAAAAAGGCCUCGCAGCGAGCACACGCACGUCACCAUGGGCAACUCGCAGGGCCAGCUCAAGUCCUCCAAGUUUGAGACCGCUCUGCACAUGUCCAUCGAGCAGUCGCUGCGCUCCAACACCGCCACGCCCCAACCGCUCUUCUCGCAGCUGUACUUGGACAAAGAUGUGAAACCAAAUGUCAAGGAACUGGAUACCCAUCAAACGCAGGGAGAUACAUCCAGGAGGGAAUCAGUUUCCACAACAGCCUCCUCCUCCUCUUCAGCUCCGCCCCUCCCCAGCCCUCUGUCCACCCAGCCUCGCCCUGCGGAAGCUGUGAAGCCCCUUCCCUCCCCGCGGCUCCCCCCGCCGCCGCCAAUCGUCUCCCACCACCCGACCUCCAUCCAGUCCCCCAUGCCCAUGCCCGUCAUUCUGACCUCUCCCAGACUGCCCAGCCAGCCGCUGACGCCACACCACCUCCCCCCACAGCAGCGCUUCGUCCUGCCGCCCCACGUGCCCUUCGUGACCCAGCCCCCACCUCCACCACCGCUCCAGCAGAUCCAGCACCCCCGCUCGUCCCAAGAGGGCACCGUCGCCAUCGUCACCUCCCACAGCCAGUCGUCCCCGGCCUCCACGUCCAGGCAAGGCUCACCGCGAUCAGCCAGCGAAGAGGUGCAACCGCUGUAUCGGAGAGAAUACCUGGAUAAUGUCGGCAUGCUGUAUAACACCCUCACUGGAGGCUGUCAGGAAGUUGGUUUUUGUCAGGCUGGUGCGGACAUUCGCUUGACGGAGUUGAGUGAGAGGCAGUUUGACGUGCCCAAGGGCUUCGUUCUCGUGGGGACCAAGUCUCCGUACUUGCCCGAGAACAUCUUGGUGGCGGCAGUGGAUGCGCGAUUCCUGCCUGACCCCAGCACGUCGCUAGCUUUGCUUGGAUUUAGUGGUAACUGUGUCGGUUGCGGUGAGAAAGGUUUCCGUUACUUCACAGAGUUCUCUCACCACAUCAACCUGAAGCUAACGACUCAGGCCAAAAAGCAGAAACAUCUAAAGUACUACCUGGUGCGGAACAAGCAAGGCCAACUGGUCAGGGGUCCCAACAUACCCUGGAAAGAAUGCCGCAAGACAAGCUUCCCCGGUUCUCAGGGGGUAUACGUGGGAACUCCACCCCCCAACGUGAACAUGUCUCAAACAUCAGUGAUAGUACCGCGUCAGGUCAUGAGCCCUUCUGCCAAUAUCAGUUACCACGGCAACCAGGCCUCGUCUGCAUUUCAACCAAAGACUUCGCCGUCGGCAACCAUCAACCAUUACGGGACGACGCCUCCCCACGAGACAUCAGCCCCUACCCACGGUACCAGUAAGACAGCCCAUCUCUAUUCAAGUGGGACCCCGCCACUGGUGAAGGCAGGGGAGUCCAGUUCUCACCAGCAGCCCAUUAAGAAGAGACAUCGUUUCCACAGCUUGGAUGAGGAACGCUUACGAGGCAAUGGUUCACCGACGCACCCCCCAAAACGGCCUACCCUCGCCCCGCCCCCGCUCCACCCACCCAACUUUGUGCCCCCGCCACUUACCAGCGGGCUACAAGACACCUCCUUCGUGCCGCCGGGUCUGGCCGAGGCCUGCUGCUCCAAAGUAGUCCUCCUGGACUGCGCGGGCAGCGUGCCCAUCUUCCACGGCAGCGUGUGCGAUUUGGUGGUCAGCCCCCUGUUCCGGGAGAGCCUCAAACCCACCCAGCCGGUCCUGGCCCACAUGGCCGAGAGCCUGGGCCUGCUGGGCAUGCAGAGCAUCAACUUUGAGACCAUGGCGCUGGUCAUGAUCCAGUACUUUGUUCAGCUCGGUGAUCGCAUACCAAGCAGAGAGGAACUAGACUUUGCCCUCCUGAAAGCACGCCAGGACACAAUCAUCAAGGACCUAGGGGGUCAGCAUAAUAUCCCACAAUUCACCACGGUUGCCCCCGCCCAGCUUCCCCUGCUUGCCAAGCUUGCAGUGGCAACAUCCCAAGGCAGGGUGAAAAUUGUCAUAGCUCAGAGCUCCAUAGCAGAAGGCAUCUCGGAAACCCUCAAGAUGCAGGUUGCCAUGGGACCCAACGAACAGCGCUCACUCUACUACGUCAUCAUCCACGUUUCCAGGCAGAGAGGCACGGAAUUCUGCAUCAUUGUUGUCGGUUGUCGCCAGGCGAGGGCGCUGUUAGAAGCUAGGUUAUCGACCCCAGAGAUGUUCAAGGAGAUCAGCUAUGAGAUCAUUACGGGAAAGAUACAACUGCUGACCAAUCACUUCAGCAAGAACAGCCCAGUCGGCCACGACAUCGACGUACUUCUGGAGUCGUUUUCAGGCAAUUUGGAAGGAGAAGUGUUUGUGCCGUUCAACGGAGAGUUACUCCAGAGAACAGAGGAGAAUGUGGCUCUGGAGAUGGAAGUCAGCACCAUGAAAGAAUACGCCCCCCAGCCAUUUAAGCUCCACCCCCAGCAGAUUGCCACAGCCAUGAAGAUCCUGUCCCAGGUGUGCGCCAUCGCCGACUCGGAUCAGAUGGCUCUCGAUCUGGGUCGAUUCAUCAAGGUGGAUCUGCUCUUCAUCGUCCCGCCAUCUCAAAUGCUGUACCACCAGACCGUCUCCAGGCUCAUCGAAUCCAAUUUGCUCAUUGAUCUUGGACUGACAACCACCAACAACCGAAAGACAGCCGAGCAGUAUGUCAUGCAGUGCAACACCUCCACGGAGAACCAGACCAAGUUUGACAACUUUAUCAGCAAGGUCAAGAUCAUGCCGCACACGCUGUUUGUCCUGGUGCAAGACCAGGCCCAUCUAGAUAUCUCCAGGUAUUCGGUCAGUCAGCAACAGCAGGGGGGCAUUGUUCAUCGCUACACCAACUGUCUGGAUGUUUUGGACGCACCCAACAUCCUGACCCUCCAAGUUUCGGGUCUCCCCUACAACCUGCAGACCAAGAAAUCGCGGAUCCCUCCACAGAAUGAGAUCUACAUGCCCUCAGCUCUGAAACAGUCAUCUCCCCAGUCAGAAGUGGAUACCACCUACUUUGGUAUUGAUGAGUAUUGUAGUACUUUGUAUUGGAGCAACGAAGCACCGCUGCUGCAGUAUGAUAAUGUUUACCAGACUGUGGUGGAAUCACUCCUACGGAGGUACCCCAAGCUUCACAGCAUGGUGGUCUGCACCUACCUGCUGAUCCGCCAAUACUCAGCUGCUCUCAUGUCGCUAGCUGGUAUUCCUGAGAUCAGGGAAGACACUACCAGCAUCACCUUCAAGAUUCUGCAGGAUCUCAUCGCCGCCCCUCUGGAGAGUGACAGUGGGCAAGGUCACAUGAUCCUGCUGCGCAUCCCAUGUCCCCAGCUGGCCAUUCUUGCGCACGACAAGCUGCGCACCGUCCGGGACAAGCUGGGCUUUCAGUAUCGGCUGGACAUCCUGCUGUGCGGCAGCGAUCAGGAGUUGGUUGUGGAUGAGUACUUCUUGAAAAGACUUCAGACUUGGCGAGGUGCAGAUCCGUCUUGGAAGCCACAGACGUAUGAAGAUCUGGAUGGAUUACCGUGUAUCGUCGUCAUGACAAACAAGACCAUUACUGGAGAAACGAUGCCCAGGUCACUCCGGGUCGUCGACCUGCGGCUGGUCAACCACGGCGUCUUCGACCUUUCCAGUCUGGAGCAAGAGCUGGGCCUGGCCUGCCGUUACGUCCCAGUGGAUGCUAUCGACCCCAUCGUCACGGUGACGGAAGACAGCGACAAUGAAGAUGACGACGAUGGGGAGAGCGAGAGUGGGAUGGAGUACGAGAUUCCCGUCCCGCCGGGGCUACACAUUGACCUGGGGUCACAGGCCGACAACAUGUCAACUAAAUCAGAUGCUGUAAGUAGCGCACGGUCCACUCCCAAGCUGAGUGUAGCAGCAGACACCACGGCUCGUCUCUCGACAUCCUCCCACGGCAGCGACAAAGAACAAGCUCCGACUGACCCUCACUCCAGUAACGUCAGCUCCCCUCCACCGACCGUCACCCCGGGCAAGCCGCUCACCCCUGCCAAGCUGGUGGUCCAUUCCACCCCUCCUUCCACCAGCCUGGAGUCCAUCGGCAUGGUGACGAGUUCGGUUCCCAUGGUAACCGAGCCACCUUCCCACCAGCCCGAGACGGACGCCGCGUCCGACCUGGGGGAUAACGGCCCGGUCAAAGAGGAGAGAGAAGUGGAGGGUUUGGGGCGCUGCGAGAGGAUUGUGGAGGAUAGGUUAGAGCGCCCUCCGUUGGUCAUCGUGUCCCAGUCGGUUUUUGAGGUGGUCAGCGGAAAACACGAAAAGCAAAAUGGCCAUUCUGUUGCCUCACUGGUACCCAGCAGUGACACCGUGUGGUCCACUACACUGAGGCCGGUCUCUAGCAAAGAUCCAGAGGUGAAGAGCGCAUACUACCGGCACUGGACGGAGCCCAAACCGCAUCACUACGACUACGAGCGGAAAGGAGAGGGUAACAUCACCUACCAUCCCCGCAGAUUGCUGUUGUAUGGACCGCCAAAGGUCGGCAAAACGGGGACCUUCUUUCAUUUCCUGCGUGUCUUGUCACGUAUGCUGAUCCGACUGCAAGAGGUCGAGGUCAUCGAUGAGGAAGAGGAAGUGGAAGUGCCCUCUGGUGACGAGAAUGUGCCGGGAGCGGCGGCCAUUAAGUGGCCAGAUUAUGACACCUUGGUCAAGAUGCCGUUUGAUUUUAGCCUGAGAAACAGUGGAUUCAAGAACCACAGUCCUAUAUGGACAGAGGACAUUAAACUUGGUAAGGCCAGUAGCAGUGAUUCGGAGGGACCCAAGAAGCCAUCCACUGUGUCGGUCAGACUGACUAAGUACAGCGCCCACAAUGCAUUCCACCACUGCGAUCAGUGUCUCAACUACAAAGACAUCUCAGCUGUGGAGGCUCGAGAAACCAAAGCAUACAGUAUUCGGCUGUCGUCUGUUCUAUUUGGCAAAGAUCUAGAGCUACAGUUUAUCAUCCCACCCCAGCAAGAGAAGCAUUUUGUAUUCAGCCAGCGGACAGGCCAAAUGAUGAGCAUGGUAUUGCCAAUCAUGAGUGAACAGGGUCCCAAUGCCAUUAAGACGCCCAUCUUCAUGUGGACCUUUGGACGGCAUGAGCACGGAUUGAUCAACCUCCACCAUACCAUGGAGGGCAGCAAACACAUCCAUGUGCUGGUGUGCAAGCAGAAGGACGCGCUGGCCUACGAGAAACAGUGGCCCAACCACAUCAUCCUGGUCCUACCGUCAGUGGUGAACGAUGCCGGACCAGGCGCCGCCAAGUACUUCAUCAAGGAGUUGGCCUACAACAACCUGCAGCUGGAACGUAGCAGACAGGAGGAGUUGGGGGUCAGUCGGCAAGAAGUCUGGCCGUUUAUCAUCAUCACCGACGACUCCUGCUUUGCUUGGCAUGAGUGUGUUCCUGGCAAGAAUGAAUCAAGAAUCGAUUCCCUCAUAUCCUUGAAAGCCUUGAUCGAAGAAGUGGAGGCCGUACCCAAGCUGGGUAGCUUCGCCGUGAUUGGCCUCCAGCAGUGGUCCAGCAGGUCAAAGGGCACGGUCAAAGGUCAGCCCUUCUCCCGCUGUCACCCGUACAACAUGGUCUUUCUGAAUCUGGAGGAGACACAAAACGUACAGUAUGAUCACCACAGGUUUUUUAAUGAAGACAUGGAUUUCAACCUGCGUGCUCACAGCAGCUCACUUCUCCUCUGUCAGCUCAACCGAUUCUCGGUCAUGAAGAAACUCAUUCCUGUAAGUGAUGACGUCAACGUGAUGCCAUGCUCAAAGUCCUCAUCACCAGGUGCGAGCGGGCAUUCCAAAAGUAAGAUCCUCUUCCGUCACUACGUCUCCACGCCCGACAGUGAGGAGCUGGUACCCCUCCUAGCCCCGCCCCAGUAUCUCCUCGAGCGCUUUCUGGAAAACAUGAGUGGUGAGCGACUCUUCCCACAGGCCGUCAACAAUGUGGAAAAUCCUGUCCUGCUGGUUGAUUGCUACCUCAAUCUGGGGCCUGAGAUUGCAGUCCAUUUUGUAAGUUCCCGGCCUCACUCCAUCAACACCACUCCUGAUAGCCUCCUGUUUAGCGGUCUGCUCCUGUACAUGUGCGACGCCUUUGUGGAAAGUUCCUUCUUGAAACAAUUCAAGUUUGUGUCAGGUGCCAGACUCUGCCUUAUAAGCCCAGACAGGAGCACUCUCCGUCGUCAGGUUGUCCGAUUGGACCUGGAAGAUCGCUGGCGAUUCCGUCUGAGGGACGAGUUCCAAACGGCCAAUAGGACGGAGGAUCGACCGCUCUUUCUGUUAACAGGAACAUAUGGCGACUGAAGAACAUAUGUCUUGUGGCAAUGUACAGAAAGCACUUUGUGUAUCCACUGGUGUACCGUUUCAGUAUUGGCAUCUGAGCUCCACGCUGCGUGUACAACGGCUGAGCAACAUUUGGCCAAGUACCAGCCACAGUCAUGCAAAAUGGUGGGCAGUUGGCAGGCGACCAGCAUCAUAUCAGCCUGUUUUCAUAUAUUCCUCUGAAUUUAGUCUGAGCACUAAGCACUUUGCAUUAGAUCGUGGUUGGGUUGAUUUUUCGUAAAGGUUGGCACAGUUGUUAGAGACAAACUACACAGGAAAUCCAUCUUGGAAAUGGCUCUGAAAAUUAAACUGUAACCAAGCAUAUAAAAAUAUGACCUUUUUAUACUCAGUGCACUGCGUCUUCUUGGGUAUUGUGUGUCUUUCGCACAGAGAAAGGGUCAGAAAUGUAAAAGCAACAUUAAAAAUAAUUACAAAGUAUAGAAUUGUGUGUGUGUGCAUCUUUCCUAUUGUAUAAAAUUUCAAAUUAUUGUUAUACAGUCUUGUAUUUCGUUCAAACAUUCCCUCUUUGAUGUGAGCAUUACUGUGUAAUUUCCAAUUGCAUUGUUAUUUCUAUCAGAUUGAAACCUUUGAAGCAGCUCGGAAAUAAAUGCAACCAUACCGA